GGAGGGCGGUGGCAGCCGAUGACGACGCGGAGGGGGUGUGGCUUAUAUUUAGCCCUGCCCUCUCUCUUUGGCCUCGCCAUUGGCGGCGACGGCGGCUGCGCCGGAGCUUUUCUGAGCUCUUCGCCUAUUUCCGUCUCUCGGCCAGGUAGCCGCGGAGCCUUCAUUUUCUGUUCUUGGGGCAGCCAGGCCGGACCCAUUACCCGCCCCUCUCCUUCUCGAGGUCGGCGAAGGAAGAAGAAGCGGCGGCGCUGCCGGUGACGUCGCGGCUGGUGUUCGGUGCGGGCGGGCGCCCCCGGCUGUUUCCGGAGGAAGGAGAAGCGCAGGCAGCGAGUGAGCGAGCGGCUCCAUCCCCCACCCGCAGGGAGGGAGUGCGGCAGCGGCGGCGCAGAAAGGCCCGACGAGGAGGAGGAGGAGCAGGAGCAACCCCCGGCCGCGGCGGCCACCACCACAGCGACAACUCGCCCUCCCACAAGAAAGAAUGGCGCUAAAACGCAUCAACAAGGAACUUAGUGACUUGGCUCGUGACCCACCAGCACAGUGUUCUGCAGGCCCAGUUGGAGAUGACAUGUUUCAUUGGCAAGCCACAAUUAUGGGGCCUAAUGACAGUCCAUAUCAAGGCGGUGUUUUCUUCCUGACAAUUCACUUUCCUACAGACUACCCUUUCAAACCACCUAAGGUUGCAUUUACAACAAGAAUUUAUCAUCCAAAUAUUAACAGUAAUGGCAGCAUUUGUCUCGACAUUCUAAGGUCACAGUGGUCUCCUGCUCUAACUAUUUCUAAAGUUCUCUUAUCCAUUUGUUCACUGCUAUGUGAUCCCAAUCCAGAUGAUCCCCUAGUGCCAGAGAUUGCACGUAUCUAUAAAACAGACAGAGACAAGUACAACAGAAUAUCUCGGGAAUGGACUCAGAAGUAUGCCAUGUGAUGCUACCUUAAAAGUCAGAAUAACCUGCAUUAUAGCUGGAAUAAACUUUAAAUUACUGUUCCUUUUUGAUUUUCUUAUCCGGCUGCUCCCCUAUCAGACCUCAUCUUUUUGUUUUUUUAUUUACCUCUCUCCAUUCAUGCACAUGCUCAUCUGAGAAGACUUUAGCUCUUCCAGCUUUGGACAAUAACUGCUUUUUAGAAUCUGUAAAGUAGUUAUACAAGAACAGUUGCCCAAGAUUCAGAAUUCUUUAAAUGGAGCAUGUGUGUUGUGGCCAAUGUCUUCACUCUAACUUGGUUAUGAGAUUGAAAUCAUUCCUCACUGCUCUAACAGUUCUACUGAAGAUAUCACCCAAAGGGAGGGGAGAUGGAUGUUCAGAUUGCUCACAUCACAGGAAAUAACAUUGCUGUAGCAUCAUCCAUCUUGUUUAAAACCUUCCAGUGUUAGAGACUGAGGUUUCAUGACAUAACUUGCACUCAUAACUGGUGUGGCUGGAGAAUUGGUACAGAACCUGUAGCAUCAGCAGAACAGAACACGUGAUGUAUCUUAUGCAUGUCAAUAAAGGAAUGACCAGUUCUUGUUCUACAGAGAAUGGAAUUUGGAAAUCCAACAUCCCUUGUAUUCCAUAAUAGGGUCUCAGAACAUUUUUGUAACUCAUUUAAAUUUUGUUAGGAUGCUUGGAGCUAUUAGUUAAUCUAUCUUCCACAACAGUUUAAUAUAGCACUGAAUAAAUGAUGCAAGUUGUCAAUGGAUGAGUGAUCAACUAAUAGCUCUCCUAGUAAUUGAUUUUAUUUUCUUCAAUAAAGUUACAUAAACCAAUGAGUUAGCUGCCUGGAUUAAUCAAUAUGGGAAACAAAAUCUUUUGUAAAAGCAAAGGUGGUUUUUGUAUAUACUUGUUGGGAUUUGCCUCACUGUUUGACAUCAAAUAAUGAUGUGAAGUUAGUAGAGUGAACCUUUUGCCAUGUUCAGUUAUAAUACUUGGUCUGUUUUCAGGUUGACACAUUGAUCAGCCCUAGAGUAUGCAGAACUAAUAAGCUAAUCUAGUACUGUAGACUUUAGUGUGCUACACAAGGUACUGGGAGCCAAGAGUUCAAAUGCGGACUUGGAACCCAGCUGAUAUAUGUACUGGUGUAUUGCGGAGGCACAUCCAGAUGCACCCAGCUUGUUGACUGAGAAGCUUUUCUUCACCUUGUACACUUGACAGCUGAAAGAUCUUUAUGUGGGAGUAAUGAGGCAAAAUUUGCAAAAUAAAGUACUGUUUUGAUGUGGGAA